GGCUCCCCCAGGCCCAGACGCGGCCCUCGCGGCCCCAGAGGCGACCAUGCACUGCGGCUGCGGGGCCCAGGGCGUCCCUGUCGCGGGCAGCUCCUGGAUCUCAGGCUUGGCCUUCCCGGACUGGGCCUACAAAGCCGAGUCGUCCCCAGGCUCCCGGCAGAUCCAGCUGUGGCACUUCAUCCUGGAGCUGCUGCAGAAGGAAGAGUUCCGCCACGUCAUCGCCUGGCAGCAGGGGGAGUACGGCGAGUUUGUCAUCAAGGACCCGGACGAGGUGGCCCGCCUCUGGGGCCGCAGGAAGUGCAAACCACAGAUGAAUUACGACAAGCUGAGCCGGGCCCUCAGGUAUUACUACAACAAGAGGAUCCUGCACAAGACCAAAGGCAAAAGGUUCACGUACAAGUUCAACUUCAGCAAGCUGAUUGUCGUCAACUACCCUCUGUGGGAGGUGCGGGCACCACCUUGCCCCCUGCUGCUGGGGGCCCCUGCCCUGUUUCGGCCAGCCCUGGUGCCCAUGGGCACGCCCGGCGAGCUCCUGCACAGCGCGCUGCUCGCCCGUUGGGCCACAGUGGAGCAGCUGGCCGGGCAGCGGACCCCCCGAGGGCCGCCAGAGGCCUCUGAGGAUAAGAAGGGGAGCGGCAGCAGUGCCCCCCGCCUUGGCUCUCUCCCAGCCCCCUGCCAGCUUGGCCCUUGCUGCCUUCUGGGGAGCCCCCGAGAGGAGCUGCUGGGUCGGGCCUCCUUGGCCCCUCCUCUCCUGCCUUCCCUCCCUUCCGAUUGGACCCGCCUCUCAGGGCCCUUCCUGCCCCCUGUCCCCCCAGAGCGGCUGAUCCCGGGGACCUCCAAGCCAGACACCCUGCUGCCAGGGCCCGGCUGCCCCCCAGCGACCCACCACUUUCCGGGGCUCCCCUUGUUGGCUGGGCUGGGACAGGGGGCCGGCGAGAGGAUCCGGCUUUUGCCCCUGAGGCCCCCGGGGCUGGAGCUGUCCUCAAAGGAGAUGAGCAUUCGGAUUCUGUCGCUUGAGCGCCCCCAGCCCCACCUGCCCACAUGACGGAGAAAGCGAGCAUCUGGGGAGCCCCUGCCCCCUCAUCCGGGCUGAGGCCCCAGUCUCUCUCCUGCCCCUCCGUGCGCUUCGUCCUCAGCCCUCUGGUCUCUGUGACCCUGGGAGCUCCUGUCUUGCGCGGGCACUUCCUACAAGCCACCGUUUCCCCAAGACGCCAGGCAGUGGGGCAGGGAGGACCCGGCCUCCUCAGCUCUGUAAUUCUCCCCGCAAAUAAAACAACCUUGGCCAACCACA